AUGAAGAACACCAUUAACAAUGGCGGCACAAAGCUCAUCCUCCUCCACCCCUACAUUCAAAAACAAGGCUCCUCCGGCCGCCUAUAUUGGCUCAUCGCCGCCGUCUCCAUCUUCGCCGUAGCCUCCCUCCUCACCUUCGUCUACACCCGCGAAUCCUUCUCCACCACCAUCACCGCCACCGUACCUUCCAUCACCACCACCACCACCACCACCAUCCUCGACCAUCAAAUGCUACCGAAAUCCAUCGCCAAAGCUCUCAUUCACUACGCCGCCAACACCAACAGCUCCGAUCACAUGUCCCACACCGACAUUAAACAAAUCUCCGACGUCCUACGCCAAUGUCUAUCCCCUUGUAACUUCCUUGUUUUCGGCCUCACGCCGGAAACCCUUCUCUGGAACGCCUUGAACCACCGUGGCCGGACGGUUUUCAUCGACGAAAACCGUUACUACGCUGCCUACAUCGAAGAGAAACACCCGGAAAUCGAAGCUUACGAUGUUCAAUACACGACCAAAAUCAGCGAGCUUCACGAACUUGUGACUUCCGUCAGAGAACAAGCACGUAACGAAUGCCGGCCGGUGCAAAAUCUGUUAUUUUCCGAAUGUAAGAUUGGAUUAAACGAUCUUCCGAAUCAAUUAUACGAAUUGGAUUGGGAUAUCAUAUUGGUGGAUGGGCCACGUGGGUAUUGGCCGGAAGGGCCGGGGAGGAUGUCGGCGAUCUUCACCGCCGGCGUGCUGGCAAGAAGCAAAAAGGGCGGCAACCGGAAAACUCAUGUUUUCGUGCAUGAUUAUAAGAGGGAAGUGGAGAGGGUAUCGAGUGAUGAGUUUUUGUGUAAAGAGAAUUUGGUGAAGUCUUCUAAGGAUUUAUUGGCGCAUUAUAUGGUGGAAAGAGCGACGGAGGAGAGUAACAACCACCAGUUUUGCCGGAGCCACUACUCCACGACGGCGAUAUAGGGCAUGUCGUCUUCUCCGGCGAGUCGGCGACUGCAAGUGUGUUUAAUCAUAGCCGUUGUACAAUUUGAUUAUUUAUA